AUGAAACCCGCGCACCUGCUGCAGCGACGGGAUUUGUACAUUAAAGUUAUUGUUCGGAUUUUUUCCAGGCUCUGUUGUGUUCUUACUGACCCCGUCUGUGUGUGUCCCAGCCUGGAAUGUGGCUGUCUCUUGCCAAACACGAGUCUUGGGAUCGCUCCCAACUGUUCUUGUCCUCACAUUUCUCUCUUUGCCUUGUCUUCCCAGGAGCAGGCCCAGGGAACGAUGCUUAAAGUCCUCACAUCUUUUAAAAGCAGUGAAAUAGAACAAGCGGUGAACUCCUUAGACAGAAACGGUGUUGAUUUGUUAAUGAAGUACAUUUAUAAAGGAUUUGAAAAGCCAACAGAAAACAGCAGUGCAAUAUUACUUCAGUGGCAUGAAAAGGCACUGGCAGUAGGAGGCCUGGGCUCCAUAAUAAGAGUUCUCACAGCAAGAAAGACUGUGUAAAGACUGUUAACUUGGACAGAGGUGACGGUCAGGUUUGGACUCAGAAGAAGGAAUGAGCUGAAAUUACACUGGUCCAUCUUUAUUAGAGAUUGCAAUCUACUGAAAUCCUACAGUAACCUCCUCUUGGAAUGCUUUUAUCCUUAAAGGUGGGGGAAGAGUAAAGGUAUUCCUGCAUAUUCCGACUAUCACAUAUAGGAGCCAAGACAUUCUCCUGCUCCCUUCUUUAACAGGCAGAGAGAAGGCACACUCCUGCCUCCUGUUACUGUAAGUGAACAGGUAUUUCAGAUGCUGCUUUAGCCAGGUGUGGUGAUACAAGCUCCUGUGUGUCCUGCUUAGUCCCAAGGUAGCUGUGUCCAGGCCGAGAUCCUGCAGCAGAGGGUGGGAGAAGGGCUGGUAGAACGGUGGCUUUGAACGUGUGCUGAAGGAAUGUUGGACUCUGGGCUUGGGUUAAUGUAAAGUGAAGUGCCUGCUGCAUCAAUAAAGUUCUUGGAUCACGUGAGUUAAAU